AUGGCGAAUCCGAGGAGAGUUUCAUAUUCGAAUUCCAAUCAACUCCCAAUUUCAGACCCCAUUAAUCCGUUCCAGUCGCAAACCCCACAAACUGCAGCAUCCCUGUUAAAUUCACUGAAAUUAUUCCUCAAAAAACCGCACGCAGUUCCAUUUCUACUCUCUUUUUUCCUUUUUCUUACAUGGGUUGCCCUUAGAUUCCAACACUAUUCUUCCGAUUCUUCAUUUCGCCAACCGUCGUAUGAUAGCAAUAGGGUGGCUUCACAUGGCGGUUAUGAUAAAUAUUCUGAUGCUAAUACAGUGAAACUCCCUUUGUCUUCUUCAAUUGUAAUGAAGGAUAAGCGUGGAUGGUUGAUUAAUCCUGUUUCACUUGCCUUGGAUGCUGCCAUUUCAGGAGGAGCAAGCUUCUGUGCUUCAGUUCAUUUGGGGGAGAUCCGUCCUGGAGGCAUGAGGGGAAAUCAUAGGCACCACAACUGCAAUGAGACAUUUGUUAUUUGGGGAGCAAAGACAUUGUUCAGGCUGGAAAAUAAAGCAGUUGCGAAAGGAUAUGCAGAGGUAACCAUUGGUGCUGAUGAAGUUGCCGUUGCAGCCAGUUCCAGUGGAACGGCUCAUGCUUUAGUAAAUGCAGAUGCUGUACGGAGCACAUUUUUCUUGGGAUGCCAGGACAGUAUCAUAAAUUACAGUAACUCAACUUCCGAUUUUAGAGUAUGGAAAGAUUUAUAACUUAAUUUUGGUGUCCUCUAGCACUAGUUUUACCGUUUCGGUUAUGGAGGGUCGCUUUGUAUGCAGUUGUUUCUUUGGCUAGCAAUUUAGAAUACUCGGGAAUUGUGGAUAAGGUGAAGCCAUGUACAGAAUGCUUUUAUGGCUCUAGUUUAUCUGUCAAUAUACAUCUGUUUAGGUUGCUGAUUUCGUUGUGAAAUUAUUAGUAUAGCUUUGUUAUGGCUAUGAAACUAUAGUAAUGGUCUUAAGGAUCCGAUCUUUUAGAUGAGAUGUUUCAACACGAUGAGCUGAACUAGAUGGAUGAAAUGAGAAGUGAUUUUUACGAUUAUGCUCAACAGCCUACUUGAGCAAUUUCA